AAUACCUGAACAAGUUCGACGGGUAUUAAACGCAACGCUACUCACAUUUCCUGAUUCCCGCGCUGGCUCGCGAACUAUUGGCGAAAAGCACUCGAACGCAGCACGACGCAUUUCUGCGUUCAGCGGUUUAAAGUCGUCAAGGAAGAUGCAGAGCAUCAAAUGCGUGGUGGUGGGCGACGGCGCCGUGGGCAAGACCUGCCUGCUCAUCUCGUACACCACCAGCAAGUUCCCGUCGCAAUACGUCCCCACGGUGUUCGACAACUACGCCGUGACAGUGAUGAUCGGCGGCGAGCCGUACACUUUGGGACUCUUUGACACGGCAGGCCAGGAGGACUACGACAGGCUGCGGCCGCUGAGCUACUCUCAGACGGACAUCUUCCUCGUCUGCUUCUCUGUCGUGUCUCCUUCGUCCUUUGAGAAUGUCCGAGAGAAGUGGGUGCCCGAGAUCUCCCACCACUGCCCGCGGACGCCCUUCCUGCUGGUGGGCACGCAAGUGGAUUUGAGAGAAGAUGGCAACACGCUGGAGAAGCUGGCCAAGAACAAGCAGCGCGCGCUGAACGCCGAGAUGGGCGACAAGCUGGCACGGGAGCUCCGUGCCGUCAAAUAUGUUGAGUGUUCGGCGCUUCAGCAGAGGGGCCUGAAGAACGUGUUUGACGAGGCUAUCCUGGCGGCCCUGGAGCCCCCCGAGACCAGACCUAAGCGGCAUUGCGUCCUGCUCUAACACGCAGUUCGGCCUGGAAGCGGACGGCCAGGUGAACCUUGCUGGGUGGGGCUUGCUGGGUGGGUGGGGCUUCCUGGGUGGGCGUAGUCUCUAGCAUGCGGCGCGACACACGUGGAGGUGGCUUUGUUGUGUUUGCCACCUGGGAAACAUUUGCCUCAGAAAAACUCUGACCACACGUCACUCAACUUGCCAUCUUUAGGCUUUGUUCAUCUUCCAAAGCCACAUCUGUGCGUCCAACAGGAUUGCCAGGUGAACGCAAACAGAAUUGAUUGAAGACUCAUGCGGACGAUUCUCAAUUUUUAAUCCAACACAAUCCUUCAUUAUUCAUAUUGCUCUUUCACAACAGCUGCAGCUGUAACAAAGCGCUUUACAAAACAGUUCACUUGAAACACAACUUAUAAAAUAAAACAUGGACAGUCAGGCAAUUUUAACCACUUUUACCACAUGCACUACAAAUGAUCAACAACUGUUGUGGUGUGUUGGAGUAGCUUUUUAAACAGGCAGGAUUUGGCUCUCGAGGAACCGGAGUUACCCACAACUGUUACAACGGCUUGGUGUCCUACAUUGUCAUUGCUAAGUUGCGUUGUCGGCCACUCCACACGUGCUAUCGGCAGCAUUGUUAGUUGCAAACCAUGUUGGAUUCCAUCCAUGCACUCAUAUAGUUUGAAUGUUUUCGUACAGGAUUACAUCCAUGUACAUGGAUCAUACUUUGAAUGGAAUGUUUUUUUUUUUUAUAAACAACAGCCAGAGGUAUUCAUUGAUUGACACACCGACCUCUUUUGCAAAUCUCUAUUGGUGUACAUUGGGCCCGGUCACAAAUAUAUACAGUAUGUAUGUAUAUGUAUAAAAUUUGUGAUUAUAUGUAUAAAAUUUGUGACCGGGCCCAAUGUACAUACCUUGGUUUUCGACCGUAAUCCGUUCCAGAAGGCUGUUCGAAAACCGAAACGACACUCUUGAAAAUAAAUAAAUAAAUUAAAAAUCUUUAUUGAACACGUCUGCUCACAAUGGCACGCUACACGAGGAAGCGUCACUUCCUCAUGUAAGGAAGGCGGGAGGAGUCAAAUGGCGCAUUCAAGUGCGCUCAGUUUGGUCGAGAACUGAUUUUCGGUCGUAACCCGAGGCUUAAAAAACUUGAAAUUUUUGGUCGAAAACCGAUUUGGUCGAGAACCGAGACGUUCGAAAACCGAGGUCUGACUGUAUAUAUAUACAGUAUAUACAGGUAUAUAUAUACAGUAUAUACAGGUAUAUAUAUAUAUGUAUAUAUAUAUAUAUAUAUAUAAUUUUUUUAAACUCCAAAAUGUUGUCAAUAAGUAGGACAAUACCACCACUCAGUGUUUUCCACAAAAAAAAUGGGAGUUGGUGUUCCACCAAGCAAACAAAUAAACAAACAUCCCCGCAAAAAAUAUAUAUAUAAAGAAAUGCAUAUCAAUUGAAAUUUCUCCAUUGUGAGACGAAUAAAUGUUUUCUUAAAACUGCAAAUAUGCGAGGGUGCACUGUUCUGUAAAAACACGUAAAAAAAAAAAAAGAUGGCUUUGAAAUGUGCAAUGUAGCGUGGGCGCCAAGACGAA